GCCAAUUGAGCCAAUCAUUUUGUAUCGCAUGUUUUUUUGAAGCUUAUUCGCCGUUUAUUGUAUAUAUUAUAAAAAUAAAUAGUGACAGUGAAAAUAUUGGAAUAGUUUUGAAGCUCAAUGAACUGUUGAACAAUUUUACAUCAUGAAGAGGUUUGGCCGACAACUGUCAAAAUUCAUACAGGCUAGAUGUUAUUCUCAAGAACUUCUAGAAAAAAAGAGUCCCCUUAAUGUUAGUGGAGAAGUAAACUUACCUGUACCAGAGUAUGAUGUGCAAUUUAUCUGUAACCCAUCAAACCGUGAUUUGAUAGCUAAUAAUAUUUCUAAAAGAAAUAGUCAUGGAAAUAUUGAUAGAGUUCUUGAGUUGAGUAAAACACCAGAGUCAUCAGAAUUUUUGAAAGAAAUUGAUAAAAUUCCAAACUUAACAGAUCCUAAUGUUCUUCAACAUGAAACUGAAUUUUUUGUUAUUAAUCAGCAUGGCGAUCCGCCUAAAUUCAAUUUCAAACCUCAAGAAUUUUCUAAUUUAGCUUCUAAAUUGAAGCUUAUGAGAACUGAUAAUUUAGGUCCUGUCACUGGAUCCAGAAGCUAUAUUCUUAUAGGCGAUUUAGCAGAAUUGGAGCAAGCUCUGAUUAACUACACAGUUCAAGAGCUUUGCAAGCUUAAUUUUCAGUUAGUUUCUGUACCAGAUAUUUUACCAUCUCAAGUUAUUGAAAGAUGUGGGUUGAUCAGUGAUGGAGAAAGAAAACUUGUAUACAAACUACAACCACAUUAUGGUGGUGAUUUAAGUCUUUCGGGUACUGCAGAAAUGGCUCUAGCUUAUAAACUUACUAAUCGAUUAUUAAAUUUCGAUGAAUUACCUUUAAAGUUGGCAGCUGUUAGUAGAUGUUAUAGAGCUGAAGUCUCUGGAUUAGCAGAAGAAAGAGGAAUAUAUCGAGUUCAUCAAUUCACAAAAGUAGAAAUGUUCAUAUGCUCUUCUCAAAAUGAUUCAUUUGAAAUUCAAAAUGAAAUAAUUAAAAUUCAAGAAAAAUUGUUUAAACAGUUGGGUUUACACUUCAAAACAAUAGAUAUGCCACCUCAUGAAUUGGGCUCUCCUGCUUACAGAAAAGUUGAUAUUGAAGCGUGGAUGCCAGGCAGGAAUCAGUUUGGAGAAAUUUCUAGUUGUAGUAACUGCACUGAUUAUCAAGCUCGUAGACUUGGUAUAAAAUAUGAGAAUAAGGAUAAAACUAUAUUACAUGCUCAUACACUUAAUGGAACAGCAUGCGCAAUCCCACGUAUGUUAAUUGCAAUUUGUGAGACAAAUCAAUUGGAGGAUGGUACCAUAAGAAUACCAGACCCUCUUGUAAGCUUUAUGAAUGGAAAAAAAAUAAUUGAGACCCAAAAUUUCCCACAAGUGAGACAAUUUAAGGGUAAACCAAAGUUAGAUUAA